UGUAAUUAAUAAGUGUAUUAUAAGCUACUGUAUAUAUCUAUAUUUUGCUGACUUGGAAUUGAUUCCAACAUUGGAGCAUAUCCUUAAUCGGAUUUCUCCGCCGGAAUUACUGGUUUUUCUUCCAUUCCUCGCAAUAACACAUUGUUCAGAUCAAUUAGCACUCUCUUUUCACGACUGCAAGUUUUGAAGCAUCAAUUAACGUAUCUGUGUUUUCCUAUCGUACCUACCCCCUCGACAGCUCUCCUUAGCCUCAGGUUUCCUUAUUUGAGUCUUCUUUGACUUGUCUGGUUUCCAUUUACCUUGCUUUUUGCGACGCCUUUGAUGCUCAGCAGUACAGUCACUUAUUUACGACCGCUGAAUACAUUGGAUCUUGCAUUUGCUUUUUACGCCGUCUAAACAUUGCCUUAUAUUCUCAAUCAAUUUUCCUCCAAGGCUUCAAUUGCGAUAACACCAUCAUGCCACUCACCAACAAACAACUCAUAUACACACGCAAACCAACUCCUUCAAUCAAUCCCUCCGUUACUUCCAAUGGAGACGGGACAUUUGAACUGCGCACCAGCACCUUUCCCGACCCGGCAGUCGAUGCUAUUCCUGAGAACAAGAUUCUCGUGCGCAUGCUCUAUUUAUCUCUUGACCCGGCCAUGCGGCAAUGGCUUACUGCUAAACGGUCGUACAUUGCCCCUGUUAAGCUUGGCGAAAUUAUGCGCGGACAGGGCAUAGUUGAAAUUAUUGGGCUUGGAAAAGGGAUUGAUACCAACAAGUUUAAAAUCGGCCAAUACGCCCGCGCUGCCACUGGCUGGCAAGAAUAUGCUCUUCUUCCAACAGACCGUAAUGCCAUUGAACCACUUGGUCCGCUUCAGACCAUUUCUACCGCAUCUCAAGCCUCGACCGGGCCAAAAACCAACCAGCCUCAAAUCAGAGCAACCGAUUUUCUCAGCACACUCGGAACGACAGGCCUAACCGCAUACUUUGGCUUCUUACACGUCGGGAAAUUCGACGCAUCGCGGGACAAGACGGUCGUAAUAUCCGGCGCGGCAGGCGCAACAGGAAUGGUUGUCGGCCAAAUUGCACGUCUCAAGGGAGCCAAGCGUGUCAUUGGUCUUGCGGGGACACGUGUAAAAUGCGAAUUCCUUGUCAAUGAGCUCGGCUUUGAUAAGGCGAUUAAUUACAAAGAUACAGAUUGGAAAAAGCAACUUCUGGACGCAACACCGGAGUAUAUCGAUGUGUAUUUUGAUAAUGUUGGUGGAGAGAUUCUAGAUGCGUGUCUCCUGCGGGCGAAUCAGAAUGCGAGAUUCGUCAUGUGUGGUGCUAUUAGCCAGUAUAAUACUGGAAGUGAUUUCGGCGGAGCGGGGAAAAGCGGUGGCAGUGGCGGCGUAAGAGGGUUGCAGAAUUACAUGAUGAUUAUUUCCCAGCGCGUUACGCUCCAAGGCUUCAUCGUAUUCGAUUACGUCAAAGAGUAUCCACGGGCGCUCAAAGAUCUUUCCGCGUGGUUGGAACAAGGCAAAAUCAAGCGACGCGAGCAUGUCAUAAAAGGCGGACUGGAAGCUGCUCCGGCAGGACUAGUGGGUUUGUUUGCCGGCGAGAAUAUAGGCAAGACGAUGGUUGAAGUGGCUUCUGUUUCUGGAUCUGGAUCGUCAUCGUCAUCAUCACAUUCUUUUGGUACGAAAGCUCCGGUAGCGAAAUUAUGAGCGUGUAAAACAGCGUCAGCCAGCAGAUUUGAGUUUCAAAUUCGAUAUCAUCGCCAUGUGGUAGUGCCACAUAAAUGUCGAUAAUCCGGAAUGACAAUAAGAGGUUUUAUCUAGUGACGCCUCAAUAAUCCGACGAUGAAAGAGCAUUUUGAUGCGACCCUUGAAACGCCGAAUGGGGAAUAUCAAACAUAAAUAAUUAUCACUUAUUCUCGAAAUAUUCUUCAACUC